CCCCCGCGCGCUCACCAAUGGCCGUCGCGCAGUGUGGGUAAAAGACAUGUUUCCACACGCUCGGGUUAAAUUUUAACGGCGUUGAUCUGUUUAAACUACCGGUCCUGCGUGUGUUCGGCUGGUCUCAGUGUGCGCUGCCGGUGCGGUCAGGAUAAAGCAUGGCUUCAGAAAAGAGUGACUGGGCGGCCGGUUUCCAGCAGGAAUUCAGGUCCUUCGCCACGGACGCGAUCCAUGUCGGCCAGGAGCCAGAGCAGUGGAGCUCCAUGGCCGUGGUGCCUCCAAUUUCACUCGCCACCACCUUCAAACAGUACGGCCCGGGCAAGCAUGCGGGUUUUGAGUACAGCCGCAGUGGAAAUCCCACACGUAACUGUCUUGAGAAGGCGGUUGCUGCUGUGGAUGGAGCAAAGUACUGCGUAGCUCUUGCUUCUGGAUUGGCUGCUACUGUGACCAUUACUCACAUGCUGAAAUCUGGAGAUGGAAUCGUGUGCAUGAACGAUGUCUAUGGAGGAACCAAUCGCUAUUUCCGAAGAGUAGCUGCAGAAAUUGGCUAUGAUAUCUCCUUUGCUGACUUCACGAAGCUUGAAGUUUUAAAGGCAGCUCUUAAGCCUAAUACAAAGAUGUUGUGGAUUGAAACUCCCACAAACCCAACUAUGAAGGUUGUGGACAUCCAAGCCUGUUCAGAUGUAGCGCAUGAAUAUAGCAAAGAUAUUAUUGUUGUGGUAGACAACACAUUCAUGUCAGCCUACUUCCAGCGCCCCCUGGCUCUCGGAGCAGACAUCUGCAUGUACUCUGCAACAAAGUACAUGAAUGGACACACUGAUGUUGUUAUGGGGCUGAUUUCUGUCAGUCGUGAGGACCUUUAUGAACGGCUGAAGUUUUUACAGAAUGCUUUGGGAGGUGUGCCUUCCCCAUUUGACUGCUACAUGUGUAAUCGGGGACUGAAGACGCUGCACCUGAGGAUGAAGCAACACUUCAAGAACGCCUUGGCUGUAGCAAAAUUCCUAGAGGCUGACCCCAGGGUGGAAAAAGUCAUUUUCCCAGGUCUGCCAUCUCACCCUCAACAUGAACUAAUGAAGAAACAGUGCACAGGCUGCCCUGGUAUGAUCACCUUCUACAUUAAAGGCGAACUGGAGCAUGCCACAGCUUUCCUCAGCAACCUCAAGUUAUUUGCACUUGCUGAAAGUCUGGGAGGUUAUGAGAGUCUGGCAGAACAUCCAGCGAUUAUGACUCAUGCUUCGGUGCCAGAAAAUGAGCGGAUGGAGCUGGGCAUCAGUGAUACACUCAUUCGCCUCUCCGUGGGACUGGAGGAUGAGGAGGACAUUAUCGCAGACCUGGCCCAAGCUCUCAGUGCUGCUCAUGCAGAGAAUUAAACUCACCGAGAUGGGCCAGAAGCUGUGACACCCUUUCCACAGAGUGGAUGACACUUCAUACCAUUCACGCAUGUUCAUUUUAGAGCCAGUAUGUAACAGUUAUGCUUUAAAUACAUUUUAUGUCAGGGAUCAAACAUAGAAAUCAGUGCCUACCAAGGUCUGCAGUUAUUUCCACCCUUUCAUUCAAACAGGUCAAAUUUAAGACACAGGCUAUCUUACUUCAUUGUUUGCUGCUUGUACAUUUAUCAUAUUUUCUGACUAAUAUAUUAAUCGGAAUUGCAGGUGUGGUAGUUAGCAACUGAAUCGGUUUGGCAUUCGGGUAAUGUAAACAUGAGGAAUAGAAAGGUGAGAAAGGGAAUGCUGUUCUCAUGAGAGUUAUUUUAUUUCUAUCUUUCCAUACACUGAGGCUGUGAGUGAUUUUGAAGUGCUGAUGGGUCAAGUUCAGCAGGCAUUGUAGACUCUUCUUUGUCGUUCUCAGACAACGCUAAGCGCACAAUAAGAGUCUGUCUCAUUGAGGCAACGUUGCCAAAUAAGAUUUUUCAAAUGAUCCAUAUCUCAGUUUUACAGACCUUUCCUGGGUACUCAGUAUUUGUAAUAUUUUUGAACAGUUGCUUUUGAUCUCUUGUCAUCUAUGCUGAUGGAACCAUUAAAAGCCAUUUGUAUUGUC